GUUGUUGUCACUGAAAAGCACGUGUUUUGGUGCACACAAUGUCUGGAAGUGAUGUCUUCACGCCAAGUAGUGGCCAAUUGUUUGGUCUCUUUGGAUGUACUGACGAUCCAAUCCCUCGAGAAGUCAGUUGUGAUGAUAACGGAGAUGAAGUGAUCGCAACUAAUGACGAGUUGAUGGAAAGGGAUGGACAGAGCGAUGAGAUAAUUGAAUCAAUUGAUGAAAACAAGUGUAUUGUCUGUAAAAGUAGUGAAACUAAAUACUGUUGUCCGAAGUGUCACUCAAAGACCUGUUCAUUGAUGUGCUGUAAAACACAUAAAUUGAAGUACAGUUGCGAUGGACUUCGAGAUAAGACACGUUUCGUCAAAAUGAAUGAUUUCUCUCAACAAGAAUUUCUGUCCGACUACUUCUUCCUCGAAGAAGUGGACCGAACCCUCGACAACAGUGGCCGACAAAGACGUGCGAUAAUAAACUCCAAGAAUUUUCUGCCAAAAUGGCUCCAGAAGUUGGUCCGCGAGGCGAGACAACGAGGAAUAAACCUGAAGAUAAUGCCCGGAGGGUUCAAACGCCGCAAACAAAACACUUCAUGUUAUAUGUAUUCAGAGAAAGUGAUUCAUUGGGACAUUGAGUUCAAGUUUAUCCACGCUUUGGACGACAAAGUAGUGGACAAUUUGGACCAACUAUUGGCCGAAGACUUACCCGUCUCUCACUCGGAGUUCUCGUCGAUCUCGCGUCGCGUCUGUGAAGACACGCCACUGUCUUCAGUGUUGUCUAAAUAUAUCGAUUCCAACGAUUUGGUCGACGAUCACGAAGAGAACCGCAAACUAUUGCUAUACCGGAAGACAGGGAUCACUGGAAUCAGUGUUUUGUAUCGCAAAGAAAAUGUGGCCGAAAAACAACACAAGUAUUUUGAAUUAGAUUUGAAUGAAACCAUUGGACACAAUUUGGUCCGAAAGACGGUCAUAGAGUUCCCCACAUUUCUGGUCGUUUUGAAUCAAUUCAAGCAUUUGUUUGAUAUUAUUGACGAAAAAGCAUUGAAAUCAAUACCGGUAUCAUAA